AUAUGCGCCCAAACCAUUAACUGACUCCCAAAUUAGGGUUUGCAGUCACAAACUCUCACUGUCUGUGUUCACAUCAGAUCCUGUUCGCUAUCUUGCAUCCGAUUCACAACAAUGGCGACACAGAUGAGCAAGAAGAGAAAGUUCGUAGCCGAUGGAGUUUUCUUCGCUGAAUUGAACGAGGUUUUGACGCGAGAAUUGGCAGAAGACGGUUACUCUGGUGUGGAGGUUAGGGUUACGCCGAUGCGCACGGAAAUCAUCAUCAGAGCCACAAGAACCCAAGCUGUUCUUGGUGAGAAGGGGAGGAGAAUUAGGGAACUUACCUCAGUGGUUCAGAAGAGGUUCAAGUUCCCUGAGAACAGUGUGGAGCUUUAUGCUGAAAAGGUUAAUAACAGAGGUCUCUGUGCCAUUGCUCAGGCUGAGUCUCUUCGCUAUAAGCUCCUUGGUGGCCUUGCUGUUCGUAGGGCCUGUUAUGGUGUUUUAAGAUUUGUUAUGGAAAGUGGUGCUAAGGGAUGCGAGGUCAUUGUUAGUGGAAAACUGAGAGCUCAGAGAGCCAAAUCCAUGAAAUUCAAGGAUGGAUACAUGAUUUCUUCUGGACAGCCAGUCAAGGAUUAUAUUGACUCUGCUGUGAGACAUGUGCUUCUCAGACAGGGCGUUCUUGGUAUCAAGGUGAAGAUCAUGCUUGAUUGGGAUCCUAAAGGGAAACAGGGUCCUAAGACCCCCCUCCCUGAUAUUGUCACAAUCCAUGCACCAAAAGAGGAAGAGGAAUACAUCCGGCCUGCUGCUGUUUUAGCAAAUGAUAUUGAGGUUCCGGUUGCUUGAAAAUGUUUCGAUUGAGCGAGAGUAGUAAUUCAUUGUACUUGAGUUCCUAGUAUGCAAUGUUUUUGGGGAAAAACUAGCUCCAAAUUUUGGUAGAUUCUUGAACAGUUUUAAGAAAUUCUUAUACUUAAUAGCAGGUAUUUAAGC